AUGAGCACCUCACGCCCGAGGACGGGUGUCUCCACCCUGGGCGUGGAGAACCAGGAGAUUGUCUGCGCCCUGAGCGAAUCACGCGGCAUCUCUCCGACCGUGGGUCUGGCCUUCGUCAACCUUGACACCAGCGAGGCCGUCCUCAGCCAAAUCAACGACACACAGACAUACGUCAAGACGAUCCACAAGCUCUCAGUAUUCAAUCCAUCAAGCAUUCUCAUCGUGGCCAGUGCUGCCAAUCCGAAGUCGAAGCUGUUCGCCAUCAUUGAAGACAGUCUUGAGCAUCUCAACUGUAACAUAAUCCUCCUCGAUCGUCGCUACUGGGCAGAGACCACAGGCCUCGAAUACAUUGACUACCUCGCUUUUGCAGACGACUUGGAAUCCAUCAAAAUAUCCAUUCACGGCAAUUAUUACGCAGUAUGUUGUUGUGCAGCUGCACUCAAAUACGUCGAGCUUGGCCUGGGAAAACGGUUCCCUCAACGCUCACUACGCAUCAACUACGAGCCAUCAGAAGGUUCGAUGAUGAUUGACCUCUCCACCAUACAUGCUCUCGAACUCGUACAGAACCUACACAUCAGCAAGUCCAAAGACUGUCUUUUCGGACUGAUGAAUCACACCCAAACGCCGAUGGGCGCUCGACUUCUCAGAAGCAACAUCCUCCAACCACUUACAAAUGACGCCACGUUGGCUAAAAGAUAUGAAGCUCUUGAAGAGCUCAGCACAAAAGAAGACAUGUUCUUCGCCGUCCGUCAGGCAAUAAAAUCAUUCCUGGACGUGGACAAGAUCCUCACACAACUCAUCCUGAUUCCCGUACGGGUGAGAUUGAAAGACACCGAACAAGCUGUCAAUAACAUCAUCAUGCUCAAACACUUCAUCGCUCUCGUUCAGCCUAUAUUCGAAUCGCUUGCAGGAGCACGAAGCGAGAUGUUGAGGACAGUUGCAACGAUUUGCGCUCCUCACAACGUCGAACCAGUACAAAUCCUGAUCAAUGACGUGAUCAACGAAGAUACAACACAUGCAAAGCUUCCACUUGACCUACGCAACCAGCGAACAUACGCCGUCAGAUCAGGAGUGAACGGCCUACUAGACGUCGCCCGACAGACAUACAAAGAGUCAAUGUCAGAUGCCCUGGCCCACAUGGCAGAAGUCACAGAAGAGUACAAAUUGCCUCUGCAAACCAAAUUCGAUAGCGUCCGACAAUUCUACUUCCGCAUUGCAGUCGAAGAUCUCGACGACCGAGCACUGCCACCCAUCUUCAUCAAUGUUUACCGCCGCAAAAAUGUCAUCGAGUGUCAGACACUCGAUUUGGUCAAACGAAACCAAAAGACGGGGGACGCGCAUGUUGAAGUCUUGCUACUGAGCGAUCAAGCCGUACAAGAACUCAUCACGAAUUGCAGACAACAUAUGGAAAAGCUGUUCAAGAUUUGUGAAAGCAUCGCAUUACUUGACAUGCUCACAUCAUUCGCACAACUAACCACAAGCCAUGAUUAUGUCCGUCCACAACUUGGCGAAACACUAGCAAUCCAAAAAGGCAGACACCCGAUCCGAGAAGUGAUCCAUCGCACCAAGUUCAUCCCGAACGAUAUAUACGCUACUCAGCAGAACAGAUUUCAGAUCAUCACCGGCUGCAACAUGAGCGGCAAGAGCACAUACAUACGAUCCGUGGCAUUAAUAGCCAUCAUGGCGCAAAUUGGAAGUUUCGUACCAGCCGAGUACGCUUCAGUACCCAUCACGCACCAACUGUUCGCUCGCAUCUCGACAGACGACAACAUCGAAGCCAAUGUCUCCACCUUUGCAGCUGAGAUGCGUGAGGCAGCCUUCAUUCUCCGCAACGUCGACCACAGAAGCAUGGUCAUCAUUGACGAGCUCGGGCGCGGCACAAGCACACGCGACGGUUUGGCCAUUGCCCUCGCCAUCGCCGAAGCACUCGUCAGCAGUCGAGCACUUGUAUGGUUCGCAACACACUUCCGCGAGCUGGCCGAGAUUCUAUCCGAACGAAACGGCGUCAUCAACCUUCACCUCGCCGUCAACCUCCCACCUGACCAAGACCGGAUGGAAAUGCUCUACCGAGUCUCCGCCGGCAAAGUCCAAGAAGAGCACUACGGGCUCAAACUUGCCAAAGUCGUCACCCUGCCGCGCGAUGUCAUUGAACAAGCCGAGCAUAUUGCGGGAGUCCUUGAGGCGCAGACCAAUAAAACCAAGAAGUACACUCGGGCAUUGAUCCAGGCACGACGAAGAAAGCUCAUCUUGAAUCUCAAGGAGCAUCUGAUACAAGCCAAAGAAGGCAAAAUGAAUGAUCAGAAUUUGAAGGAGUGGUUGAGCGAGUUGCAGAAGGAGUUUGUUGUUCGCAUGUCUGCUCUUGAAGAGGAGGCACGAAAAGUUUGA